AUGACAUCAUGCAGUGCGGAGGGUGACUCGUGGCUGCAGCGAGUAUUGGCGGAAAGUCCCCAGCGGGUGCCCGGCCGCCGCCAUAGUGCCCCAACGUCCAUCUACACAACUCCAUCUGCACAACGCCCACCGCUGCGAACACGCACACCGUCUGUAAAGAACAGCAGUCGACAAGGAACGCCCAUGCAGCGCCGUGAGGGGAAAACAACAACACCGCGUAGUUGGGCAGAAAGGCGAUCUGGAGGACUCUUGGGAAAAGAAAAUGAUCCUUUUACAGCAAAACUACGCCUUCGAGAAGAGGCAUUUGAAAAAACUAUACAAGAGUGGGUCGCAUGGAGAGAACAGGAGAUGGAAUCCUUACGAAAAUUAGAGACAGACCUGAAACGUCAGGCAGAACGAAUGUUGCGGAAAGAAAUUUCUUUAAUCGCACGAGAAGAGAAACUAAAGAGACGUGAGGCAUCUUUAACGCUGCGAGAGGCCGCUCUGCAGGAGAAGGCACUCCAGCAAGAACACAGAGAACGCAAUCAUCAAACAGUAGAAAAGAUGGAAUCAAGAGGAAGACUGCAGUAUAUGGAGAAUGAAAUUCAACAAUUAAGAAAUAUCGUUACCUCUAUACAACAGAACCGUGUAGCCGUAGAGUCAUCAUCAUCACCACCACAACAACAACAAGAAUAUAGUGUUAAAAGAAAUUUACACAGAAGUCGUACUACAUCUACUAAUGCCUCAUCUAAAUCGGGAAAUAUUGUGUCAAAAGACAAGCAACAGUCACGCUAUCGUAAUGCGUGUACUUCUAUGCUAUAUCGUAGUGGGAAGUGA